AUGUCUACUACCCUGACAGACGCGUUUCUUAAUAGCAUAGAAGCUCAGCGCUUGUAUGGGAAAGAAUCAUACAUCCCAUUCAGCUUCCAACUCUAUUCUCCUUUUCUUCUCUAUCUUCUUCUAUCAUUUUAUUUUCUUUUAAUUCCUUUAUUAUUAUUAUUAUUAUUAUUAUUAUUAAUAAUAAUAAUAAUAAUAAUAAUAAUAAUAAUUCUUUUUCACGUCCUUCCAUUUCUCUGUUUUACUCAUUUUCUACUUCUUUAUAUCUCUUUCUUUUUUGUUUAUUUCUUUCUUCUAUUUCUUCUUCUUAAUAUUUCUUAUUCCAACUUUUAUUGGUUUUCUUCCUCUUCCUUAUCUCCUUCAAGUACUUCUUCAAAUUCUUCUGCCUCUUCUUCUUCUUCUUCUUCUUCCUCUUCUCUUUCUUCUUCUUCUUCUUCUUCUUCUUCUUCUUCUUCUUCUUCUUCUUCUUCUUCUUCUUCUUCUUCUUCUUCUUCGUCUCGUAUCCCGGCGAUAAAGUUUUUCAUUUUUCUUUUUCUCUUUCUUAUGUGGUACAGUGUCUUUUUCAUUUCUCUUUUCCUCGGUUUGUUUCAUAAUCUUUUGAUUUUCUUUUCUCUUUUCUCAUGUGUUUCAUUCUUUUUCAUUUUCUUUUCUCUUUUCUCAUAUUCUUUUCGUUUUCUUUUCUCUUAUAAAGCUGAUGUUUCUCUUUUACACUGUUUAAAGUUGUUCAUUUCUUUUCUCUUUUCAAAUAUCCGAUUUUACUGGUCUUGUCUGUCUUCUUUCCCUUUUCCUAGUGUUUCUUUUUUUUUCUUUUCUCUUUCUUUUCAUUUUCUUUUCUUUUUUCUUUUCUUUUUUACAGUUUUUCAUCUUCUUUUUCAUUUUCUUUUCUCUUUUUCGUUUUUUUUCUUUUCUCUUUUCUCCUCAUUUUUAGUAAAUUUUCAUUUUUCUUUUUUCUCACAAAGUUUCAAUCUUUCCGAUUAUUUCUGGUUUGUCUGUCUUCAUUCCCCUCUUUCCUACCCUUUCCGAUUAUUACUUUUCUUUUUGUCUAUUUCUUUCGUUUUCUCUCUGAUGUUCCUUGUAAAGUUUUCAUUUUUUCUCUUUUCUCCUUUAUUUCUUUUUCUUCUUUCUUGUUUUUUUCUUUUUUGUUUUAAAGCUUUUCACUGUUUCUUUCUCUCACAAAGCCCAAAUUUUUCCGAUUAUUACUGGUCCUUGUCUUUCUUCUAUUCCCCUCUUUCUAGUAGGUUCGUUUUUUCAUUUCUUUUCUGUUGA